UGGCUUUAUGUAACUGGGAUAUUUUGUCUGUGAAGAGACCGGACAGCUUAAAAGGAAACGAGGCCCUGUCUUACCCGUAGUCUUCGACAGUCGGCGAGAGCAACAUGAAGACGCUGCCGCUCCUUCUUCUGCUCGCGUGCGCAUGCGCAACCACGAGCGGCUUCAGCGUUAGGUGUUCCCCGUGCGACGAAGUGGACUGCGGACCGCCUCCCGCUGAUUGCAAAUACGGCCUCGUCAAGAAUGUGUGCAACUGCUGCUACAUCUGCGGGAAGGGUCCUGGUGAAGACUGCGACCCCGUGAAAAAGUGCGCGCCUGGCCUUUACUGCAAGCUGCACCCCGUCUCCUAUGGUAAUGGUAUCUGCACGGCCACACCGCAGAAAUGGUACUGAUUCCUGGGACAAGGUUUCGUGAUUCUGGGACAAGGUUUCAUGAUGAUGGUACUGAUUCCUAGGACAAGGUUUCGUGAUUCUGGGACAAGGUUUCAUGAUGAUGGUACUGAUUCCUGGGACAUGGCUUCGUGAUGAGUCUCAUCAGCAUUGUAAUGUCGUGAUCAGUUUUGUGAUUUUAUGUUAUUGAUCAAUAAAUAUGCCAAUUAAAA